GGUCCCCUUGGGGGAGGGGCACUGCGCCGCGUGUCCGCCUGUGCGCGUGCGCGCGAGCCGCCCAGUGCGGGAUGCGCGGUUGCGCGCGGUUUCUGCGUCCGCGAGCCGGCGCUUGAUUGUGCCUUGGGGGCGGCGCCGGGUUCUGAGCCCGCAAGGUGGGUUGGUAGCCCCUGGGUCGGCUCUGGCCUUGGCGCUGGGCUGUUGUCGUCCUCGUCUUCGCCGCUGCGGGUCAGGCUCUAUUUGUGUGUUGGUGCACGGUUUAUUUUUGUUUCUGGAGAUUAAAUUCCCGGAGGAAUUACCGAGCCUGCGUGCGGUCACCUGGCUAACGUCGAGGCCCGCCCCCUUCUCUCGGCAGCCUGGGGCCCAGGCCUGAGCCACCAUGGCGCUGCCCCCAGGCCCAGCUGCCCUCCCGCAUACACUGCUGCUCCUGCCAGCCCUUCUGAGCUCAGGUUGGGGGGAAUUGGCACCACAAAUUGACGGUCAGACCUGGGCCGAGCGGGCACUUCGAGAAAACGAACGCCACGCCUUCACCUGCCGGGUGGCAGGGGGGCCUGGGACCCCCCGACUGGCCUGGUACUUGGAUGGACAACUGCAGGAGGCCAGCACCUCAAGACUGCUGAGCGUGGGCGGUGAGGCCUUCUCUGGAGGCACCAGCACCUUCACUGUUACUGCCCAGAGGGCCCAGCAUGAGCUCAACUGCUCCUUGCAGGACCCGGGUAGUGGCCGGUCAGCCAAUGCCUCGGUCAUCCUCAAUGUGCAAUUUAAACCAGAGAUUGCCCAGGUUGGGGCCAAGUACCAGGAAGCUCAGGGCCCAGGCCUCCUGGUUGUCCUUUUUGCCCUGGUGCGUGCCAACCCACCUGCCAACGUGACCUGGAUCGACCAGGAUGGGCCGGUGACUGUCAACGCCUCCGACUUCCUGGUGCUGGAUGCCCAGAGCUACCCCUGGCUCACUAACCACACAGUGCAGCUGCAGCUCCGCAGCCUGGCGCACAACCUGUCCGUGGUGGCCGCCAAUGACGUGGGUGUCACCAGCGCCUCGCUUCCGGCCCCGGGUCCCUCCCGGCGCCCAUCUCUGAUCUCUAGUGACUCCAACAACUUAAAACUCAACAACGUGCGCCUGCCACGGGAGAACAUGUCCCUCCCGUCCAACCUUCAGCUCAACGACCUCACUCCGGAUUCCAGAGAGAAACCAGCAGACCGGCAGAUGGCUCAGAACAGCAGCCGGCCAGAGCUGCUGGACCCGGAGCCUGGUGGCCUCCUUACCAGCCGAGGUACAGGGGCAUGGGCCCACGGCCCCCCUCCUCUCCUCCCCAGCCCUUGUGCUUAUGCCAGAGGCCUCUGGGUCUCCAAGCUUCCAGGCAGUGAUGCUUACUGAGACUCACGGCAUCUUUGACCUUGCAGGUUUCAUCCGGCUCCCAAUGCUGGGCUAUAUCUAUCGAGUGUCCAGUGUGAGCAGUGAUGAGAUCUGGCUCUGAGCCGGGCGAAAUUGGGGGCAGGGGGUGCCCUCUUGGCUCCUGGGCCCCCCCCUCCUCCUCCAAGGCAGCCUCUGCCUGGCUCUGUGGCCAGGUCGUGCCACUACUACUUUUGUUCGCCCUUUUGGCUGGGGUGCCCUCUGUCAUCCACGUGACACCUUUCACUGGGAUCUGGCCCUCAGGGGCACAGAUCUCCUUGGCAGAGCCACCAGCUGGACCUUAGCCCCUUGUUCUAACUCAGGUUGGGGGCUUUCACCGAUGCUUGUGCGCAGGCGGGUGGAGCUCUUACCCAGGUGUGUUUGCAGGUCAUCCAGCAUCUACUGUGGCAUGGGCCUGCCGAGUGUGGUCUGGGCCUGCCCUGGGUCACACGCCAGCACCCUUAGCGCUUUGUACGGCAGGCAUGGGGGCAUGUCCGGGUGGGGGAGAGGGAGGGCCCAGCAUGUCUUCAGUUUCCUUCCCAUGCUAUGCAGCUUUGUUCCCUCAGGGAAAAUUUAGGACCCGGAGAGCUACCUGGAACCAAACUGCCCUUUGCACAGGAACCAACCCCUGGCCCAAGGGGCAGGGCCAAGCACAAACCAGUCCCUUUUGCCGCAUACGUCUCUGCCCUUCUCUGUCUGUGCCUCCUCUUGGGCAUCAUAGAUUAUACGUUGGACCUUCUCCCAUUUCUUCACUGGGCACUAAACUUCCCCCUUGACCUGGCCCCCGGUGGUGCCAGUGCCUGCUAUUAGCACAAGUCAGGAGGAGAAGAGGGAGAUGGGAAGUCUAGGGGCACCCAAGACUGCAUGUAGCUAUGCAUCAUUUUCUUACUAUGUUAGCACUUUAAGCACAUCCCCUGGGGAGGGGGUAAGUGAGGGCCUCCGGGCCCUCUCCAUGGCUUCCCCAAGUCUGGCCUUCGUGUGAAUCACUGUGAGCGCCCUGAGCCCUCGGGGUUGACAGUUUCCCUCUUGGCAUGUCUCCCUACCAUGGGACUCCAUGACCAUUCUCUAACUGCCUCAUCAGCAGGAAGCCGCUCUUCCUGUCCAUCCUCUUCUUCAGGGGAUGGUCAUAGUGGCACAUUGUUUGACAGAGCUAGAAGCUUUAGGGGAACAUGGAGAAAGAGGGGACCACACACUACAAAACAAUCUAAGAACUCUUUGGAAAGCAACAUGGAAAUGAUUGCAAAUUAAUACAGUGCAGAGUAUAUUUUUCCCUUGUUGAAACCUUGUUUUGUAAUUUUUCUCAUGUUCCUGCCUAGGACAGUGCUGAGCACAUGGUAAUUUAAUAAACUUGACUCAACGAA